AUGGAUAAUGAAAACAAGGAAGAAGAGAGUAGUGAAGGGGAAGCAAUGGAUGGGGUUGAAAUGGUGCAGAAGAUAAGAAUAAAGUUAGUGGGUGGUGAUGGGGAGGGUUCAAGAACAGGGUCAUCAUCUUCUACCCAGAGUUUCUGUCAGGCAGAUGAAUGUGGUUUGAACUUGAACAUGGCCAAGAGUUACCAUCGCCGUCACAAGGUUUGUGAGAGACAUUCUAAGGCUCCUGUUGUUUUAGUUUCUAGCAUUCGUCAGAGGUUCUGCCAACAAUGUAGCAAGUUCCAUGAAGUUGCACAGUUUGAUGAGAACAAAAGAAGUUGCAGGAAAACAUUGGCUGGACAUAAUGAACGAAGAAGAAAACCUAGCACAGACAUGUCCUUAGGAGAUGAUCAUCAUCUUACACAUGGUCAUCUAAAUUGA